AUGUCCAGCAUAGACAUAUUAGAUGAAGUGCGAAAAUGUGGUUCUCAAGAAAUCAUUUCAGAUAUUGAAGAAGUUAUUAAAACAAAAUCUACAAAAGGACAUUCUAAGAACAGUGGAGCUAAUAAAAAUUUAGACAUUUCUGCAAGUUCAGAAGGAAUGCUUACACCAGAGUGCAAUGAUGAUGACAACCUUAAAGAGAUGACUGCGUCAGAUUAUGAAAAAUAUAAAAAAGCCUAUAUUAAAACAACUGGAAAGAUUAUAGAAGAUGCUCUUUACAAUUUCAGCUUGCAUUGCAAAUAUGAACACCUUGCACAUUCUUUUGUUCUGGACCCUGAAGACAAUACCUACCUGAAAGAGAAUGUUUUUACUGAGAAUGAAUGA